GUUCUCAGUGGCAUUGCUUUGGUAUGUUCAAAUUUUGUUUCGUCAGGGGAUCAGGACUAACCGAAGAUGCUCCCGAUUAGCCGAGUAAGCAGCAGAAUUAGAAAUGCAUUUCAAUCCACCGUCACUGUUCCUCUACGACAAAAUUCUGAUCGACCCCAGGGUCAGGGCCUGUUAGUGGAUGAGAACGAUGUGGUGGAAUUGGAAGUGGACAACUUUGGCAGUUCGAAGCAUCUGAAAAACUUCAAAGUCGCACCAAUCGUGGCAUUGAAACACCAUGCGAAACUCAACAAGCAGCCUGAGCCCCGCUACUCCUGGAGACGUAGUUUCUAUGGCCGUGGCAUUGAAGUAGUCGUUGCUUACCAGGGUGUCAACUACCGGCUCGUCAGUCGGUUGAAUCCCGAUCAUGACGAAUCACUUAUUAGGCACAUGGCUGCACUUGGUGUCCUGCGGAAGCUGGGUGUUCAGGAUUAUAUGUCAGACCGAAUAAGACAUGCCAAUCUAGGGCACGCAAAGCACUUGGCUCGCAUCACAGCUAUGCACUUAGAGGAGGAUCAAGAAGAGGACAAUGAGCCAAUCUUUGGUGCUGCACAUACGGCGAGCAAAGCUACCGCACCGACAUCAUUCAACGUGGCAUCACUGUUCCAGGCGGGCGCUUUUGACAUGCCAGCACCAUUGCCAAAGUCAAAGGACGCGUCUGCAAGUGCAACCCCGACUGCAUCCUCUCAAGCUUCGCCAUCAUCCACGGCUGUACCCGUUUCUUCCUUAAACUCCGCCUCAUCCAAGCCUAGGACAGAUGUUGAGAACACAUGACACGUUUUACAGCUUUUACACCCGCAUUCAUUGCUGCUCAUCCCCCUAAUGUCAUGGCCAGGCUGGCUUCUAAGCUUUGAAUCCGCCGCCUAAGAAGAAGUAAGGAACUGUUGUUUAGUUUUUUUUAAGAUGGGCUUAUGCGACUCGCUCACUGACAAUGGUCAAUGGCUAAGAAGAUACGUCUUGGCUUUCACUCCUACUGUCUGUGUUGUUGUGUUGUCAAGCCGUGACUGAGUACCCCAGGCACAGGACGAAUACCAUGGCCGGGGCUCAGAGUUCUACAACGCCCUGAUAUAGCAGCAUAGUACAGUCAGUAUUGCCUAUAGCGCUGGUCUUUGAUUUUGAGCAUUUUAUCACGAUAAGCGAUAUAUUACUACUAUACUGCA